UAAAACUGUACUGCACGAGUUCGCAUAAUUUAAAACUUUUAAAAAGAUUGUGAAAAUGGCUUCUGAAGCAGAUAACUCAAACGGCACUUUGAUAAUCGAUGGAAGCGUCAUGGAAGGGGGAGGUCAAAUCCUUCGGAAUGCAGUCAGCUUCGCAUGCCUGUUGAAUUCUGCAGUCUGUGUUCAGAAUAUCAGAGCUGGAAGGUCUGCACCGGGAUUGAGAGCUCAACAUAUGACAGGACUACAACUGGUGCGAGAUAUUACUUCAGGAAAACUUGAAGGUGACAAAAUUGGUUCCACAUCAGUUUCUCUUCAUCCUGGAAGUAUUGGUUCAGGGACAUUUUUAGCAGAUACUCAUACAGCCGGGAGUGUUGGUUUGCUUAUGCAGUUGGCACUUCCUUGCCUGCUGUAUGCUCCUGCAACAUCAAAGUUGAUACUUAAAGGGGGAACAAAUGCUGAAAUGGCCCCACCCAUUGAUUACAUGAUGGAUAUUUUGAGACCGGCUUUAAAAAGACUUGGUGUAGACUUUGAUUGUGACAUUGUAAAAAGAGGUUAUUAUCCUAAGGGAGGAGGGGAAGUUCAUGUCACAGUAAAGCCUGUCAAGCAGUUGAAGCCAUUGCAGUUACUAGAAAGAGGAACAUUAACCAAGAUUACAGGUCGUGCUUAUGUUGCUGGUGUUUUACCUUUCAAGAUAGCUCAGACUAUGGCUGAAGUAGCCUAUAGGAUGUUAAAGGAGAAGUACCCAGAUGUGCAGGAUAUUAAAAUAGAACCAGACAAAGAACCUGGUGACAAGGCACAUGGAAGUGGAUCUGGAAUAAUGGUUUUGGCUGAAUCCUCCACCGGAUGUAAAAUUGCUGGAUCUGCAAUUGGAAGGAAAGGUGUUCCUCCACAGGAAGUUGCAAGAAACGCAGUUGAUGAGCUCACAAAUAAUCUCCAAUGUGACAGUUGUGUCGAUGAACAUCUGCAGGAUCAGCUGAUCAUAUUUAUGGCUUUGGCUGCUGGUUGUUCAUCCAUGAAAUGUGGACCACUCACCAUGCACACACAGACAGCUAUUCAUGUUGCUGAGAAAAUCAUGAAGGCAAAGUUCAAGGUUCAGCAGAUGUCUGAUGCGAAAGAAUGCAUUAUUGAAUGUGAAGGAAUAGGUUUACAAAACCCACAUUUAUAACAAAUUAGAACUUUCUGAGCCUAUAAAUAUUAAUAAAGAAUGAAAAAUGAAUAAAAUAUUGAGAAAUGAAUAAUAAAUCUGUAUCUGGUGGUAGCAGUAAUAAUAAUAAUAAUAAUAAUAAUAAUAAUAAUAAUGAUAUUGGUCAAACUAAGUUGUUGAUCUGUCCUCUACUUAACCCUCUAACUCCCCUGAGUGACCAAACCAGAAUUUCUCCUAACAUUAUAAAUACAAUAUCAAACAGAUAAGAAA